UCUACAAUGAUUCGCAUUACGCUGUUAAAAAUGAUUCGGUAUUUUCCAUGAUAUGCACCGGUACUAUUGGGAAAUCAAGUAAAACGUUGCAAUCUUCAUAACGAUUUGAGUAACUGAACACCAUAUCCUUACAAUAAUUUCUCCUUCUGAGAAUUAAAACUGCUUUAUGCUGGAUGUUGCCAUGUCAUAGACAAGGGAAAGAGCAGUAAGUUUUCAAUUCUUCAAUACAUGUACUACAAAAGCUCUAGAUCUGUACCAGACAAGACAUCACUCGUAAAAGGCUAGUCCUGGACUAGCCGCGCAACGAUCCAAGCAAAAUGGGGGAGGAUGAUACAGAAAUAGACCUAACCCCGCAGGAACAGUUCUUCUUGGCUGCAUCGAAAGGCGACGUCGCGGCCAUCACCCUCCUUAUCGAUGGCCGCCCUGAGAACGGUGUCGACAUCAACGCUAAGAAUGAAAGUGGAACGAGUGCUUUGAAUCUUGCAGUAUCGGAAGGCUAUUUAGCUGUGAUGUAUCCUCUCUUGGAGGCGAACGUACAUAUUGGUGACGCCAUGUUGAGAGCGGUCGAUGCCGACUUCCACGAGGCCGUGCGAGUCCUACUACAAUUCGCUGAUGAAAAGGAUGAAAGUGGACGGAUGGCAAUAAUCAAUUGCAGAUGCGAAUCAAACGAUAUUCACCCAGAUGUGACACCAAUAAUUAGGGCGGCACAGCUCAAUAGCUUCGCCAUCGUGAAGAUGCUGUUGGAAGCGGAUCUCUUGAUCCCAGAGCUACAAGAUGAUGCCUUCAACGAGAUGGCCGUUGAUGAUCUCCAACGGUCCGUAGGAACCCUUGAGGUCUACGGGGGCUUGGCAAGCGAGGCUUACGUAUGCCUAGCAAGCACCGAUCCGAUCGACAGAGCGUUUACACUUUGUGGGACUAUGAAACGAAUAGCACUUCUGGAGGUGGAAUUCAAAGUUCGAUAUCUAGAACUUGCCGACAGAAUGGAGAAGUUGGCUGCCGAACUCGUUUCAUAUGCCAGAGAUACUGAAGAGAUCACAACAGUGCUUACAUUCCAAGAGACGACUAAGUCUAGUACAUCGAAUGGGGGCGCCGUCAAUCAACGCCAUAUUGGUACACUCCCGAAAGUUACACAGGCUAUCCAGUAUGAACAGAGGAAGUUUGUUGCCCAUCCCAACUGCCAGCAAGCGGUAUCGGCGCAGUUCUACCGCCAUUUGGCCCACCUCCGCGACAAGCCAGCCAUCUUCAACCUGCUGGCUUUCGUCGGUCUUGUCUUGGCGUUCCCAUUCGUAUCCAUACUCUACAAGCUUUCUGUCUCCAAAAGGAUUCGCAAGCUCGUCAGAACUCCCUACGUGAAGUUUGUUAUGCAGGCAGGAGCAGACUUUACGUUACUCGCCAUUCUAAUAAACAUAGAUACAUCGUCUCAUCUGAUUAACGUUUACUUGACCCAGAACCAGUAUAUUCUUCAUAUCUUUCUCCUUUUCUUCGUGCUUGGGAUAGCCUGGAAGGAGGUUCAUUUGGCAUAUCUAUGGGGGAUCAAGAAGAUUACGUCAUCCUUCACACAUCUCAGAGACACGUUGAUUUCAGUCCUGCUCUUCGCCUACUUCGUACUGACAUUCGUUAGUAUUUAUCAGGAAAUGGGGACAUGCAGAGCUAAUCCAUAUGUACGAUCUCUUCGCCAAUCUGUCAACGACACACCAACCAUAGAACCGGCAGCUAUUCAAGUCAUUGAUGACUUCACUGUAAAAGUCAAAGACAUAACCAGACUCAAACUCCAAGACAUGUCGAUCGUCCUCAGUGACCAAUCACAGGAAGUAGUUGACACCAUCAUCCGCGACAUCAUUGACGAUCUCGGUUGCGGCUGCACGACAUCGACUGCCUUGCCGAUGGCUCCAGAAGUGAACUUAUCGGAAGCGCAGCCCACUGAACUUCCACACUGCGAAUCCUCUUUCUUGUCCAGGGAAUGGAACGACCCAUCCCUGAUCGGCAAUGCUAUCUUCAGUGUCGUCACCGUGCUCACAUUCUCGAGAAUGAUGUCAUAUCUGAUUGCCAACGAGUACCUGGGCCAGCUGGUCAUCUCUGUAAGUGACAUGGUGAAAGGGACAUCGACUUUCUUCAUCGUCGUCAUCGCUGUCAUCAUUUCUUUCUCUUCUGCGAUGACCUUUAACUAUAGCAUCUACAGCGAGGAGGAUGGAGAGAGAUGCGAGGCGAAUCCCGCCGGUGAUGGCUGCGGCCAACAAACUUACUUCUAUAAAAAUCUUGGUCGCAGCAUGCUGAGUCUUUACUGGUCACUUUUUGGUCUGAUUGACCGGAAGUCCCUGAGCCUGGAGGGGAUGCCGGCUGUCGUAGAAGGUGCAGGAGGUCUUCUCUACGCUUCGUUUUACAUCUUUGCCGUCUUGGUUCUACUCAACGCCCUCAUUGCUGUCAUGAGUAACGUCUUCAACAAAGUAGAGGAGAAUGCCGACAUGGAGUGGAAAUUCGCCCGAACCAAACUUUGGAUGAGUUUCAUUGACGAUACCAUAACGGUCCCACCGCCAUUCAAUCUGUUGCCGGAUUGCAGCAACAUUAGACGACGGCUUCGGUUGUGCCGGCGGAAGUGUCGACGUAACCGAAAGAACCUGGAAGAAAUAAACCAAUGUUCCUUAAGAAUGGACGAAUUGCAACUGAGAAAGAGAACAUUUAAACGAGUUGAUUUAGCUAACUAUCAGCGGAUCAUGCGUCGGCUUGUAGAACGUUUCAUUGCUGAGCAGACGGCCCAAGAAGCGAAUGCACAGGGAGACAUCACCGUGGCUGAUAUCCGAAAUCUAAGGAACGAUGUCGUCUCAUUAAGAUACGAUACCUUCAAGCAGUUGUGUCAGAUGAACGAAGAACUUGACAGCACGAAGCAGCAAAGCACUGAUAUCAGCGGUCAGUCCUGCCAGGCUAACGUAGUGUUCACACGAACAGACAAGAUUAAGAAUGAGGUGGAUGAUUAUAGCUCUCGGCUGGCCGACGUCCAAUCAGAACUCACCCAGAAGUUAGAGAUUCUUCCCGCCCUUGACGAACUGAUGCAGGAGUUGGCGCAGAUGCGUAAGCUACAGGGGAUGCCCAAGAAUGUCGGGAAGAAGGUACACGACAUCGUAGGCUAUUACGAGGAAGUGAAGGAGAUCGUGGAGAAAGAGAAAGAGAAGAAGCACCCUCCUAGAAGCAGCUCGUUCAUACACUCGAUGCUGAACGUAACCACGAAAACGGAGAACGGGGAAAACACUUGGUUAUAGAGGGCGCUCGAGUCUCUUGCCUGGCUUUACUUUUACAUGCAUGCAGUGGUUUGUCGUUGGCGGCACUUUUCCUUUCUCGCUUGGCUUCACGUAUCCAAUAAACUAAUCUUAUGAUCUGUACAGCGCUUUCCUUCUACUUUGUGUAUAAUAUUAGCUUCGCUUUGUUAAUGAAAUAUGCAUCGUUUUCUUGUUUUUCUGUUUUGUUUUAUAAUGUAGUAUUUAUUGGUCAUUUUUUCUAUUUUGUUUAUAAUUGUAGCCUCCAUUAGUGAAUUGUGAAUGUUAUGCAUUGUUUACCCCAGGGGGCGGAUCUAGGAUUUGGGGGGAGGGCCACAUUUUCCCAAGCAAAAUUUGACAAGUAAAAACCAAAAUUACUCACUAAAAAAAAGAAGGUCAUUUGAUCCCACAUAAAAUUUGACAAGCAAAAAAAAAAAAAAAAAAAGGUCCUCACUUAUGAACGGCGUAUAUCCAUUAAAUAUAUUUGCUAGGAAAUCUCCAUGGGGGUGGUACACUUGUGUAUUAACGAUAUAUUUGCAUAAGAGAUGUUGGCUCUGACUCUAAAGGGGGGUGCCUCCACCCCCUUGAUCUGCCACUGGUUUCCCCCUGUUUUUUUACUUUUGUAAGCUUCUCCUUAUUUAUGCAAUCUGAUUUGGCGUUUUUUAACACGAUACCUGUCAAAUGGCUUGCUGCAUGUUUUGGGGUUUAUUUCCAAUUUGUUUCCAGUUUGUCCAAACAACUCGUCUACUAAUCAUUUGGUCUACCAUGAAUUCGUCCACUCUCCACAUGGUCUAAUUUCCAAUUCGUCCACUCACCAUUUCGUGUAAUAACCAGUUGGACCAAUUAUAUAGCCACUUAGUCCAUAUACAAUGUGGUCUAAUUAUAGUAUAUUGUACAAAGUGAAUGAAAAUGAAAUGGAUAUUAGACAAGGGUCCUG